CUCCUCAGCAACUCGCAACCUUGCCGCCGACGAGUGUGCUUGUUUGUUGUCGGAGGAUGGUCCAGGUUUGUGAAACCUAAUUGAAGGACCUUACACUAUUAUACAGAAUCACGCCCCCCGAAUUAUCAGAGCCGGUCGCAGGUGUUACGCACGCGCCGCCAGCUGAAUCUGAGCUCCACCGAGCUCGAGACGACGACUCACCUGCAGUCGCCUCACGAUCGUUCUAACAUCCUUUCUCUUCUUUUCAACUCGUUUAUUCAUCAUAGUCCAUCAACAUGGCCGACCAAAAUAUCUCCCAGUACAAAUACUCGGCGAUGUCCAACCUGGUUCUCCAGGCGGACCGUCGUUUUAUCUCCCGUGUCAACGAUGAACCCACCGGUGACCCGGAGUCCCUCGCUGGCCGCAUCAGCAUCCGAGAAAUGGGAUCGAGGAUGGCGCGUGAUGAUGCGCCCAAGACCAAGAAGAAGGCCGGUCUGACGGAUAUCGAGAGAGGCUCCAUCCGCGAAGGCGAGGAUGUGCUCGCUCGCGAACAGAGAAAGACCCAGCGGGGUCAACCGGCACAGGUACGCGGCCAGGGAAUCCUGUCCGCUGCCGAUGCCCUCGUCGAGGGCCUGAAGUACCGUCCUCGCACGCCUGCCACUCGAGCUACCUAUGACCUCAUCCUCACAAUGACCGCCAGCCACCUGGGCGACGUCCCCCACGAGGUUGUCCGGAGUGCCGCCGAUGCAGUGUUGGAAUUGUUGAAGGACGAGGAUAUGAAGGAUUUCGAUAAGAAGAAGGAGAUUGAUGAUUUGUUGGGCAGUGCGAUGAACCCCAAGGAGUUCAACGAGCUGGUCAACCUGGGCAAGAAAAUUACCGACUACGAUGCUCAGGAUGAUGAUGAAGAGAUGGGCGACGGUAUGGCUGGUGAAGCAGAGGGUGAACUGGACGAACGUCAGGGUGUCGCGGUCGUGUUCGAUGAAGAGGAUGAGGACGAUGAACGCAUCGGUACCCUCGACGAAGUUCGCGACGAUGAUGAACUUUCAGAAGACGACGAAGCAGAUCAACAGGAUGCACCAGGGCUUGACGACGCAACGACUGAGAAGGCAGAUCUUGAAGGUUUACAAGAGGCUGAGGAAAUGGUCAUCGAUGGAGGUCUAGACCGUGGGGAGGGACGACGUGAUAAGAAGACCACCGUUCUUGCUCGAGAAAUCGAUGCCUACUGGCUCCAACGCCAAAUCGGUAACGCAUAUCCGGACGCUCACGUACAACAUGAGAAGGCAACCCAAGCACUCGAACUCCUCGGAGGUAAAGGAGAGGACGGCGAGGCGCGGCCCCUUCGCGAUGUGGAAAACGAUCUGAUGGAUUUAUUCGAUUACGAGCACCCUGAACUCGUCGCCCUGAUGGUCACCAACCGUGAUAAGAUUGUCUGGGUCACCCGUUGGCGACGAGUUGCUGAAGAUGCGGACGCUCGCCAUCUGGUCGAGAGCGAAAUGGUUGAAGCCGGACACCGCGCGAUCUUGGAUGAGAUCCAGGGCAAGACAGCUCGCGAUGAAGGUGCAGGUCGCCCCUCGAAAAAGAUCAAGCUAGACUUGAUGGAUGUCGAUGUUCCCAGCGCUCCUCAGCAGCCCGAAGUAAAGCAAGAGGAGGGAGGGCUGGUACGUGGUCUGCAACCGAAGAGAUUGAUCAACCUGGAGAAUCUUGUGUUCCACCAAGGUAACCACCUGAUGACGAACCCUAACGUUAGACUGCCCCAAGGCUCUACGAAACGGACGUUCAAGGGAUAUGAAGAAAUUCAUGUGCCUCCCCCGCAGGCCAAGAAAGAACCGGGCGAAAAGAACCUUCCUACCACCGAGCUGCCCGAGUGGGCACGCAUCGGCUUCGGAAGCUCAAAGGAACUCAACCGAAUUCAGUCCAAGUGUUUUCCGACUGCUUUCCACGAUGAUGGCAACGUGCUUGUCUGUGCCCCAACCGGUUCAGGAAAAACCAACGUUGCCAUGCUCACCAUCCUGCGCGAGAUUGGCAAGAACCGUAACCCGCAGACGGGAGAAAUCAUGCUGGAUGACUUCAAGAUCAUUUACAUCUCUCCCUUGAAAGCUUUGGUACAGGAACAGGUCGGCAACCUUGGUAAGCGCCUGGAGCCUUACGGUAUCAAGGUGGCGGAAUUGAGUGGUGAUCGCCAACUUACGAAGCAGCAAAUCGCUGAGACCCAGAUCAUCGUGACGACUCCUGAGAAAUACGAUGUUAUCACCAGAAAGGCCUCGGAAACGAGCUAUACCCGACUCGUUCGUCUGAUCGUUAUCGAUGAGAUCCACCUUCUCCACGACGAGCGUGGCCCUGUCAUCGAGAGUAUUGUUAGCAGAACCAUCCGAAAGGUCGAGCAGACUGGCGAUCCGGUCAGGAUAGUUGGUCUCAGUGCUACACUCCCCAAUUAUCGGGAUGUUGCCAGCUUCUUGCGUGUUGAUCCUCUAAAGGGUCUCUUCCAUUUCGAUGGCUCUUACAGACCCUGUCCCCUCAAACAAGAGUUCAUUGGUGUCACAGAUAAGAAGGCCAUCAAGCAGCUGAAGACCAUGAACGAUAUUUGCUACAACAAAGUUCUCGAACAAGUCGGUCAAAAGAGGAAUCAGAUGCUGAUCUUCGUACACUCUCGAAAGGAGACCGCCAAGACUGCCAAGUACAUCAGAGAUAAAGCUCUUGAGAUGGAAACCAUUGGCCAGAUUCUGCGCAGUGACGCUGCAAGCAGAGCUAUUUUGGCUGAAGAAGCUGAGUCGGUUGACGAUGCCUCCCUGAAGGAUUUGCUGCCUUACGGAUUCGGUAUCCACCAUGCUGGUCUCAGUCUUGCUGAUCGAGACUCGGUCCAGGCGCUUUUCGCCGACGGCAGCAUUCAAGUGCUUGUAUGUACGGCAACUCUUGCGUGGGGUGUCAACUUGCCUGCCCAUACGGUCAUCAUUAAGGGUACUCAGAUCUACUCGCCUGAGAAGGGUAGCUGGGUCGAGCUCAGCCCUCAGGAUGUCCUGCAAAUGCUGGGUCGUGCUGGACGACCUCAAUAUGAUACUUUCGGUGAGGGUAUCAUCAUCACAUCGCAAACUGAGAUUCAAUAUUACCUCUCCCUCAUGAACCAGCAGUUGCCAAUUGAGAGCCAGCUUGUGAGCAAGCUCGCGGACAAUAUGAACGCUGAGAUUGUUCUCGGAAACAUCCGUACCCGUGAUGAGGGCGUUGACUGGCUGGGUUACACCUACUUGUUCGUCCGCAUGCUUCGCUCGCCUGGUCUGUACAGUGUCGGUGCGGACUAUGAGAACGACGAUGCUCUGGAGCAGAAGCGGGUUGAUCUCGUCCACUCUGCGGCUGUCAUCCUCGAAAGAGCAGGACUCGUAAAGUACGACAAGAAGAUAGGGCGUCUGCAAUCUACGGAACUUGGGCGCAUCGCUUCCCACUACUAUAUCGGCCACAACUCCAUGUUGACCUAUUCUCAGCACCUGCAACCGAACAUUACCACAAUCGAAUUGUUCCGAAUCUUUGCUCUUAGCGAUGAAUUCAAGUACAUCCCAGUCCGCCAAGAUGAGAAGCUGGAACUGGCUAAACUGCUUGGCCGCGUGCCUGUUCCUGUCAAAGAAGGAAUUGAUGAGCCUCACUCCAAGAUCAAUGUUCUGCUACAAGCUUACAUCUCUCGCCUCAAACUUGAGGGACUUGCUCUGAUGGCAGAUAUGGUUUAUGUCACUCAGUCUGCCGGUCGUAUUCUGCGUGCUAUCUUCGAGAUUUCCUUGAAGAAGGGAUGGUCGUCUGUUGCGAAGACUGCCCUCAACCUGUGCAAGAUGGCCGAACGGCGCAUGUGGCCAACAAUGACACCACUCCGUCAAUUCCCGUCUUGCCCCAGGGAUAUCUUGCAGAAGGCAGAGAGAAUCGACGUUCCCUGGGCCAGCUACUUCGAUCUUGACCCGCCACGCAUGGGCGAACUUUUGGGUAUGCCUAAGGCUGGACGCGUUGUUUGUGACCUUGUCUCAAAGUUCCCUCGCUUGGAGGUUCAGGCCCAGGUCCAACCCGUCACUCGCUCCAUGCUCAGAGUUGAGUUGACUAUCACUCCCAACUUCGUGUGGGACGAGACAUUGCAUGGAUCUGCCCAAGACUUCUGGAUCUUGGUGGAGGAUUGCGAUGGCGAGGAGAUCUUGUUUCAUGACCAGUUCCUUCUCCGUAAAGAUCAUGCGCAGUCUGAGAUGAACGAGCAUCUCGUUGAUUUCACUGUUCCGAUCUCGGAGCCUAUGCCCCCUAACUACUUCAUUUCGCUCGUGUCGGACCGCUGGAUGCACUCGGAAACCAAGAUCGCAGUUUCGUUCCAGAAACUCAUCCUUCCUGAACGCUUUCCGCCUCACACUCCUCUCUUGGAUAUGCAACGAGCUCCAGUCAAGGCGCUGAAGCGCGAAGACUUCCAACAGCUGUAUCCUGACUGGCAGUACUUCAAUAAGAUUCAGACGCAAACUUUCAAGUCGCUCUUCGACACCGAUGACAGUGUCUUUGUUGGUGCUCCUACCGGCAGCGGAAAGACCGUUUGUGCGGAGCUUGCGUUGUUGCGUCAUUUGUCUCAGCAAGACAGCGGCCGUGCUGUCUACCUUGCUCCAUUCCAGGAGCUCGUUGACCAACGGCUGGCGGACUGGGAGAAGAGAUUUAGCCAGCUUGUUGGUGGCAAAACCAUCGUUAAGCUGACGGGCGAGACCACGGCUGAUCUCCGACUUCUGGAACGGGCGGACCUCGUUCUCGCCACACCUGGUCAGUGGGAUGUCUUGUCUCGGCAAUGGCGGAAGCGCAAGAACGUGCGCACGGUGCAACUCUUCAUCGCUGAUGAGCUACACAUGCUUGGAGGUUAUGGUGGAUACGUGUAUGAGGUGGUGGUUUCACGCAUGCAUUCUAUGGCCCUUGAAACCGAGAAUGGCAUGCGUAUUGUUGGCUUGAGUGUGCCUCUGGCGAACGCUCGUGACAUUGGCGAGUGGAUUGGCGCCAAUAAGCACACGAUUUACAACUUCAGUCCUCACGCCCGACCGGUGCCUCUGGAGCUUCACAUCCAAUCCUUCACCAUUCCUCAUUUCCCCUCGCUCAUGCUCGCAAUGGCAAGACCAGCUUACCACUCCAUCCUGCAGUUAUCUGCUGACAAGCCCGCCAUUGUCUUCGUGCCUAGCCGCAAGCAGACCCGUGCUACUGCCAUGGAUCUCCUGGCUGCUUGUGCCACAGAUGAUAAUGAGGAUCGAUUCCUCCACGCCGAUGUGAACGAGUUGGCUCCUCUUCUCGGUCGCAUUCAAGAGCAGACACUGGCUGAGUCACUUACCCACGGCAUCGGGUAUUACCAUGAGGCAUUGAGUCCUACCGACAAGCGCAUCGUGUCUCACCUCUUUUCCAUUGGUGCUAUCCAGGUUCUUCUUGCUUCUCGCGAUGUCUGCUGGGAGCUCGACCUCACUGCGCAUCUGGUGAUCGUCAUGGGAACUCAAUUCUUUGAGGGUCGUGAGCACCGCUACAUUGACUACCCUAUCAGCGAGAUCCUCCAGAUGUUCGGCAAGGCCUCUCGCCCGGGCGAGGACAGCAUUGGUCGUGGUGUGCUCAUGGUUCCUGCCGUCAAGCGCGAAUACUACAAGAAGUUCUUGAACGAGGCGUUGCCUGUUGAGAGUCACUUGCAGGCUUAUCUGCAUGAUGCAUUUGUCACCGAGAUUAGCACGAGAACGAUUACCUCCACUCAGGACGCCAUUGAUUGGAUGACACACACUUACUUCUACCGCCGUCUUCUCGCCAACCCGAGUUUCUACGGUCUCACCGAUGUCAGUCACGAAGGUCUCAGUACCUUUUUGUCCGAGUUGCUGGAGAACACCUUGAAGGAAUUGUCUGAUGCUAAGAUCGUGGAUCUGGAUGAGGAAGACGACAGUGUCGCUCCCUUGAACGCUGCCAUGAUUGCUUCAUACUACAACAUUUCCUUCAUUACCAUGCAGACCUUCCUUCUUUCCCUGUCUGCCCGUACCAAGCUCAAGGGCAUUCUGGAAAUCAUCACGUCAGCGACAGAGUUUGAAUCCAUUCAGAUGCGUCGUCACGAAGAUCACAUUCUUCGUCGCGUGUACGAUCGUGCCCCGGUCAAGAUGGCCGAAACCGCCUACGACUCGCCCCACUUCAAGGCUUUCGUUCUCUUGCAAGCUCACUUCUCGCGCAUGCAGUUGCCUAUUGAUCUUGCCAAAGAUCAGGAAGUCAUUGUCAGUAAGGUGCUCAACCUCCUCAGCGCAUGUGUGGAUGUUCUCUCUUCGGAGGGUCAUUUGAACGCGAUGAAUGCGAUGGAAAUGUCGCAGAUGGUUGUCCAGGCCAUGUGGGACCGCGAUAGUCCACUGAAGCAGAUUCCUCACUUUGGCCCUGAGGCCAUCAAGGUGGCCAAUGAGUAUAACAUCAAUGACAUCUUUGAGUUCAUGGAAGCCAUGGACCCAUCCGAGAACAAGGACUACGCGACAUUGGUCAAGCGUCUUGGUCUGGAUAACAAGCAGCUGGCCCAAGCCGCCGCUUUCACGAACGAGAAGUAUCCUAACCUGGACCUUGACUUUGAGGUUGAGGACCCUGAAAACGUCACCUCGGGCGAGCCGGCCUAUCUCAAGAUUAAGAUCGAGCGCGAAGUUGAGGAGGAUGAAGAGCCUGAUACGACAGUCCACGCUCCCUUCUACCCGGGUAAGAAGAUGGAGAAUUGGUGGCUGGUUGUGGGAGACGAGAAGACAAAGAACUUGCUCGCUAUCAAGCGGGUCACCAUUGGCCGGAAGCUGGAUCUGCGCUUGGAGUACAUUGUCCCUACGCCUGGAGAGCAUGAGUUGACCUUAUACUUGAUGAGUGACAGCUAUCUAGCUAGCUAUCUUAUCUAUCUGUAUCUGACCAUUGCCGGUCGCGGUGUCAUGACCAUUCGAUCCAUGAAGUUCACUCCAGAAGUUCUCCUUGGAGCUCCGCGGCGUUCUGGCCCCGUGCCGAAUGCCUCAGGCACCCUUGCGGUGUACACCCAGACCACCUAUUCGUUCGAAUCCCACUCUAAGACCAACGAAAUCCGAGUAUUGGACAUCGAGAGCGGCAGAUCGGCUCUCAUCACCAAUGAUGUCGGUGCCAGUUGUCCUCAGUGGCUGGGCGACAGCAACCAGCUGGUUUGGUUGAAGGCCAAGGCGAACGGCAAUACCAGCUUCAUUAUCGGCGAUGCACACCAAGCAGACAAGACAUACACCGCAGGAACGGUCCCCGGCCCGGUUUCAGACCUGAAGGUCACGGUCGUCGAACCGGGAAAGAUUGGCUUUGCUGUUACCGGCAAGGCCAACACGGACGGCACCCUGUACAACCCCCAUGACGCAAAGAAGCCCACCACUACCGGCCGCCUUUAUACUUCGCUCUUCGUGAGACACUGGGACGCGUAUGUUGAACCGCAGAAGAACGCCAUCUGGUAUGGCUUGCUUCUACAGGCACCCCUCUCUCCGCCCACUCGACAGGCGGGUAAGUACACUGUGUCAGGGCUUACCAACUUGAUUCAAGUCUGUGGCUUGACGGGUGUGGAGUCGCCUAUUCCUCCAUUUGGCGGUACUGGUGACUUUGACAUCAGUCCAUCUGCCAUUGUGUUUGUCGCCAAAGAUCCGAACCUGAAUCCCGCCACCCACACGUCUUGCUCCUGCUAUUACUGCCCGAUGUUCUCCUGGACCAGUGUGACUGCAAUGGAAACUAAAGUGUGCGCUGUUAAGGGCUUGGAAGGAGCCAUGUCCUCCCCGAUUCUCACUUCGGAUGGCAGUUCGAUUGCUCUUCUCACGAUGCGUGAGGACGGCUACGAGUCUGAUAAGAGACGAAUCCUUUAUGUGCCUAAUCCUUGGAGCGGGGAGAUGAUUGAGGUCUUUGCAACUGCUGACGGAGAAGGUGCAUGGCCUCUGAGUCCGUCGGGAUUGACCUUUACGCAUGAUGAUAAGUCGCUUAUUAUUCAAGUUGAGGAGACCGGACGAGGAGUACUCUAUCAGCUGCCAUUGGACAAUGUUCGCCACGCGAGUCCUGACGUGUUGAAGAAGCUCACACAUGCGGGCUUCGUGACGGAAGUGUAUCGCGCGGCCGCCGAUUCUAGGAAACUGCUCAUCGCUAGUAGCAGUCUCGUGGAUAACAGUAAGUGGUCUAUCAUCGAUCCUGAAUCGCCGAAUGAAGUCCGUGUCAUAUCCUCGAUCGGACGCGAUGGCGCUUCGUUCGGGCUCAGCCCUACCCAGGUGGAUGAGAUCUGGUAUCGUGGCGCAAAUGACACCCCUGUGCAUGCCUGGGUGGUGAAGCCGUCCAACUUCAAACCCGGGGAGAAAUAUCCGCUGGCUUAUUUGAUCCAUGGAGGCCCCCAAAGUGCAUGGUGCGAGCAAUGGAGCACUCGCUGGAACCCUGCUAUCUUUGCUGAACAGGGAUAUGUUGUCGUCACACCCAAUCCUCGCGGUAGCACCAGCUACGGGCAGAAAUUCACGGACGAGAUUCGUAAUGCCUGGGGCUCGCUACCCUACGUCGACCUCGAGAAGGGCUUUGACUAUAUCGCAGAAAGCCUGGACUAUGUGGAUACAUCCCGAGCGGUGGCUCUGGGCGCCUCGUACGGUGGCUACAUGGUCAAUUGGAUUCAGGGCCAUCCUCUAGGUCGACGAUUCAAGGCACUGGUGACGCACGAUGGAGUUUUCAGCAUGACCUCCAUGCUUGCCAGUGAAGAGCUUUACUUCCCAUUGCGGGAUCUCAAGGGUCCUUUGUGGAAGGUGCCCGAGAAUUGGGAGCGGUGGGAUCCAUCUCGUCAUACCGCUAACUGGCAGACGCCGCACUUGAUCAUCCACAACGAGCUCGAUUACCGGCUGACCAUCGCUGAGGGACUUGCUGCGUUCAAUGUGUUGCAGUUGCAGGGAGUAGAAAGCGCGUUCCUGACCUUCCCGGAUGAGAACCACUGGGUGCUGAACCCGGAGAACUCGCUCAUGUGGCAUUAUACCGUGUUGAACUGGAUCAACAAAUACACCGGGCUGCCAACGGCGUCGAGCAAGUACGCUGAGUUCAGCGCGACAAAGGCUCCAUCGAUGGAGAAGCGAUUGGAAACUGUUUCUCUGUGAUUCAGUUGAGGAUAGGGUACUGGUUCUAGUCACAUGAUAUCUCAGGAAAUAAUUGUGUUGUGGUCCAUUCCAUUGUCUGCCUCUUCCACAAAGAACAAUGAACCCACUUUGGUAUGGGCAUUAAGCCGAGGCAGGC